AUGGCAGGGAGGUCUUUUUUGCGGGGUUCUGAGAGUAAAGAAGGGCUGCUUCCAAGGAAAGGGUAUUCGGAAUUUGGAUUGAACAGCUACGGUGAUUGUGAGGAUGGAGUUAAAUGCAGGUGUUUUCGAUCAUGUUCUGAUUCAAUUGAUAAUUUUUGGAACGGUUUGCAAGAAACCUUUGUUAAGUUAUAUGAAAUGGGUCGAUCAGAUCCUAGGAAGGUCUUUUUUGCUGCAAAAAUGGGUUCCUCACUAGCAAUUGUAUCACUGCUUAUAUUUUUCAAAGAGCCUCUAAGGCAUGUUAGUCAAUACUCGAUCUGGGCAAUUCUUACUGUUGUCGUGGUUUUCGAAUUCAGCGUAGGUGCAACACUUAACAAAGGAUUCAAUCGAGCUUUAGGGACUUUCUCCGCAGGAGCCCUUGCUUUAGGCAUUGCAGAAGUAUCAAUAAAGUCUGGAAAGUUUGAAGAAGUUAUUAUUUUGAUAAGCAUUUUCAUAGCAGGAUUUUGUGCAAGCUAUUGCAAAUUGUACCCUCCCAUGAAGACAUAUGAAUAUGGUUUUCGGGUAUUCUUGUUGACAUUUUGUAUUGUACUGGUAUCUGGAAACAAGUCAAGAACCUUUUUCGACACUGCUUUUUAUCGAUUGUUGCUUAUUGCGGUUGGUGCUGGCAUUUGUUUGGUUGUAAAUAUAUGCAUAUACCCCAUAUGGUCAGGAGAGGAUUUACACAAAUUAGUGGUUAAAAAUUUCAAGAGUGUUGCUUCUUCCUUGGAAGGCUGUGUUAAUGGAUACCUGCAAUGUGUUGAAUAUGAGAGGAUCCCUUCCAAAAUUCUUACAUACCAAGCAUCUGAUGAUCCAUUGUAUAGCGGCUACAGAUCAGUUGUACAGUCUUCAAGCCAAGAGGAAUCUCUGCUAGAUUUUGCCUUAUGGGAGCCUCCACACGGUCCUUACAGGACAUUCAACUAUCCUUGGAGAAACUAUGUCAAAGUAAGUGGUGCACUAAGACAUUGUGCAUUCAUGGUCAUGGCAAUGCAUGGAUGUAUACUUUCAGAAAUUCAGGCACCACCGGAGAAGAGACAAGCGUUUUCUAUUGAGCUUCAGAGGGUUGGUAAUGCAGGCGCUAAAGUGCUGCGUGAGCUUGGAGACAAAAUUCAAAAGAUGGAAAAGUUAAGCUCUGGAGACAUACUCGGGGAAAUACACGAGGCAGGAGAGGAUUUGCAAAUGAAGAUAGACGAAAACUCAUUCCUUCUAGUCAAUUCAGAAAGCUGGGCAAAUGCACCACAGUUCAGGGAAUAUGAAGAACCUGUGAGCAUAAUUGAUGUUAAAGAUGAUGAGAAUAAAGUGAUCAAAUCCCUCAGUGAUAUGUGGGAUGUUCAGAACUCAAACAUGGCCAGCAUGGACUCUCGCAUGCCAGAUUUAAUUACCUCAGAGAGUAUACUCCAGAAACCAUCAUGGCCACGUCUCUCAUUUACUGCAGAUGCAUUACUAAACCAACCGGAAUCCAAAAUGUAUGAAAGUGCUAGCUCUCUAUCUUUAGCAACAUUCGCAUCACUCUUGAUUGAGUUUGUUGCAAGACUCCAAAAUCUCGUGGACGCAUUUCAAGAGCUUAGUGAGAAAGCAAAUUUUAAGGUACCCAUUGACCAACCAGUUGGAAAAGAGGUGACAGGAUUUUGGAACAGACUAAGAAGUUGCUUUCACUCAAAGAACUGAAGUCUAGAAAAAAAUUGGUCAAGGAUCAUAUUUUGAGUUUCAACCGAACUAAAUUGAUUCGAAUGCAGUUGGCAAGACAAGUUCUACAUUGACUUCUGCUUUGUUGUAGCUUGCCUAUCUAAACGCCCUAACUUUGCACUAAUGCAGUUGGGAAGAACCUUCAUGUAAAGGGUGAGUCCAGCCAUUGAAAUUGAUUUUCUUGAAGUUUUUAUCUUAUUUUGUUGAUGAUGAAGGACAGUAACGAAAAUUCAGAGGGAAAGAAAAGCACAGUAAGAGUUUUUUAUUUAAGAAAAAUC